GGGCGGCUGCAGGCCCGUACCCGCGGAGCCGCUGGUCCGGCAGGCGGGGAUGUGACCGCGGGCUCUGCCAGCCGUCCCGGGCGUCGCGUCAGCUCCCGCGUCAGUGCCCUCGGGCCACAGGGAUGGCGGGGUCCGGCUGCUCUUGGGGCGCGGAGCCGCCGCGCUUCUUGGAAGCCUUCGGGCGGCUGUGGCAGGUACAGAGCCGCCUGGGCAGCGGCUCCUCAGCCUCGGUGUACCGAGUGCGCUGCUGCGGCACGCCCGGCUCGCCCCCCGGCGCCCUCAAGCAGUUCUUACCGCCGGGAACCACCGGGGCUGCGGCCUCGGCCGCCGAGUACGGUUUCCGCAAAGAGAGGGCGGCGCUGGAGCAGCUGCAGGGUCAUCGGAACAUCGUGACUUUGUAUGGCGUCUUUACGAUUCACUUCUCUCCAAAUGUGCCAUCACGCUGUCUGUUGCUCGAACUCCUGGAUGUCAGUGUUUCGGAAUUGCUCUUAUAUUCCAGUCACCAGGGUUGUUCCAUGUGGAUGAUACAGCAUUGUGCCAGAGAUGUUCUGGAGGCCCUUGCUUUUCUUCAUCAUGAGGGUUAUGUCCAUGCAGACCUCAAACCACGUAACAUACUGUGGAGUGCAGAGAAUGAAUGUUUUAAGCUUAUUGACUUUGGACUUAGCUUCAAAGAAGGCAAUCAGGAUGUAAAGUAUAUUCAGACAGACGGGUAUCGGGCUCCAGAAGCAGAACUGCAAAAUUGCUUGGCCCAGGCUGGCCUGCAGAGUGAUACAGAAUGUACCUCAGCUGUUGAUCUGUGGAGCCUAGGAAUCAUUUUACUGGAAAUGUUCUCAGGAAUGAAACUGAAACAUACAGUCAGAUCUCAGGAAUGGAAGGCAAACAGUUCUGCUAUUAUUGAUCACAUAUUUGCCAGUAAAGCAGUGGUGAAUGCCGCAAUUCCAGCCUAUCACCUAAGAGACCUUAUCAAAAGCAUGCUUCAUGAUGAUCCGAGCAGGAGAAUUCCUGCUGAGAUGGCAUUGUGCAGCCCAUUCUUUAGCAUUCCUUUUGCCCCUCAUAUUGAAGAUCUGGUGAUGCUUCCUACUCCAGUGCUGAGACUGCUAAAUGUGCUGGAUGAUGAUUAUCUUGAGAAUGAAGAGGAAUAUGAAGAUGUUGUAGAAGAUGUUAAGGAGGAGUGUCAAAAAUAUGGACCAGUGGUUUCUCUGCUUGUUCCAAAGGAAAAUCCUGGCAGAGGACAAGUUUUUGUUGAGUAUGCAAAUGCUGGUGAUUCCAAAGCUGCUCAGAAAUUACUGACUGGAAGGAUGUUUGACGGGAAGUUUGUUGUGGCUACUUUCUACCCGCUGAGUGCCUACAAGAGGGGAUAUCUGUAUCAAACUUUGCUUUAAUCAGUAACCUAAGGACUAUUUCCUAUUUCUUCUCUUCCAUUCCUGGGUUAUUGUAUUUUACAUCUGAAUGCAGAAGUACCCCUUACCAUUUUAAGGGAAUACUUUGUAUAUUUAUUUAAUCCUACUACUGUGCAGCCAUUGCUCAAGCAGUGACUGCAUUGCAGACAUUUGGCACUGAGUAGGACAAGACCUCUCAGCUAUACAUUGAGGGGUUCUAGAGCAUUCAUGUGGGCAACCUUUUUUUGUGCAGUAGGGCAAGUGCUGCUCUUCAGUAUGUAACCUUAAAAGAUAUUACUAUUUCAUGUGAUCAUGAAGCAAGAAUGAAUAAUAUGUCAUAGUGACUAUCAUUAACAAAUUUGUUAGAGUUGGUGACAUCAUUUACAGAUUGUUCCUUUAUGUUGUUGGGUGGUUCUUCCUGAUUGUUGAUAUCCAUAGCUGGCACUGGAUGCUCUUGGUAAUGUUAAGUGAUUGUCAGGCAGCAGUUAUCUACCUACUGUGUUCUUAACACUGAGUUAGGGAGUUUUUUUAAACAGUACUGUAGUACUGAAUAUUCUUUUAAAGAAACUGCAGUGAGCCUAUCUCCAUUUUUGUUUUUUAAAUUAAGGCUUUUAAAAUAGAAAGCUGAUGCUUGAUCUUGCACAAUUUUUAUGUCUCUAGUAUGUAUGCUCAGGUGAGUGUGCAGGUGUGAAAGAUUAGAGAAAAUUUGUCGGCAUACUUUAUAGUGUGAAUCUUGUGAGCUAAUAGUCUAUACUUACUUCUUCCCUACCUGUUUCAUGUUUGUAUGAUUUAGGAUAAAAGUUUUUGUGAGGUCUGUCUGAUAGAAUGUAAAUGAGAAAAUAGUUCAUUCCUGAGAGACCCAGAACAGAUGAAUCUAGGCUGGGUUAUAGUGAAGCUCUUAAAGUGAUAGGAACAAAGGAAAAGUUUUGUUACACAUCAGUUACCCCAUCUUUCAGUCUACUUUAGACUCUGUAUUAACUCAUCUUUUUGUGCUGAAUUUCCUAUGAUCACUGUAAGAUUUCUCAAGUUCUGCCCACUGGUGGAAAAUUGAAGUGGGUCAAAAAGGAAAGAAUUUGAUGUUCAGUGAAGG